AUGUCCAACCCAAUUGUUACCAUUGAAGAAGGCAAACUCUUGGGCAAAAUUUCUACCAACAUCAAUGGUGAAGAAUUUUGCAGUUUCCAAGGCGUUCCGUACGCCCAACCUCCUAUUGGGCAUUUGCGAUUCAAAGCACCUCAAGCGCCCCAACCCUGGACUGGAAUUCGCGAUGCCCUAAGUGAGGGAAAUAAAUGCAAGGACCUACUUUUCAAUCUCCCAGCCCAAGGUUCAGAAGAUUGCUUAUUUCUAAACGUCUACACCCCUAAAAAUGGCACAAAUUCGAAACCAGUGAUGGUCUGGGUUCAUGGUGGUGGCUUUAAAACAGGUUCAAGUGAGACGGAUUUGCACGGACCGGAGUAUUUAAUGACCGAGGAUGUUGUUUUGGUUACUCUUAACUAUCGACUAGGGAUUUUGGGUUUUUUACGAUUUGAAGACCAAUCUUUGGGUGUUCCCGGAAACGCCGGUUUAAAAGACAUGGUAAUGGCCUUGAAAUGGGUGCAAAGAAAUGUAAAAUAUUUUUCGGGUGAUCCCAACAAUGUGACAAUUUUUGGCGAAAGCGCUGGCGCUGCAGCUGUCCAUUAUCUCGUCCUUUCACCUUUAGCCAAAGGACUUUUUCACAGGGCUAUCGCCCAAAGUGGGUGUGCCUUUAAUGGGUUCGCGAGAGGUAUUCCUGAUACUUCGAAACAGUUAGCUGCAGCUUUGGGGAUGCAAACAACAAACGAAAAGGAAAUUUUUGAGCGACUCUCGAUUUUACCAGUCGAUGAGCUUUUACAAAUCUCGGAAGAAGUGGCAAAUAUCUGGGGUUUGAAAAAAGUCUAUGCGCCAGUUGUUGAUGGAGAAUUUUUAACAGAUGAGCCAAUUGCGAUUAUCAAGUCUGGGGAUUAUAAUCACGUUCCGAUGAUUUUUGGGUACACAACUCGAGAGGGAAUGAUUGUUGAAAUGAUGAGGAAAAAUGAAACGCCAGGAAUGCCAAAUGAUUUUGAAGAGUUUGUGCACCCAACAGUGGCCAAACGUGGGUCAAUUACUUCGAAAAAUGUAGCUAAUAAAAUUCGGGAUUUUUAUUAUGAAGGACCGAAUUCAGAAAAUAACUUGGACAAUUUUUAUUUGAUUCACACCGACACGUAUUUUCUGAGAGAUAUCAUUUUUGCUAUUCGCCAACAUGCAAUCACGGCCAAAUUUCCAAUUUAUUUGUAUAGGAUGUCUGUAGAAACUAAACUGAACGUGUUUAAAAGAAUUGGAAAUAUCAAAGCUCCUGGAGUUUGUCAUGGAGACGAUAUUGGAUAUUUAUUCAAAACAAAAUUAUCUCCCGAAUUAAAAACUGGAAGUUUGGAGGAAAUCUCAGUGAAGCGGUUUGUGAAAUUUUGGACGAAUUUUGCCAGAAAUGGUAGUCCAAAUGUUGAUGGACCAGACUGGAAACCCAUCAGCAAGGAAGAAAUACACUUUAUCGAUAUCGGAGAGAAUAUAACAGUUGGUGUUAAUCCAGAACCUGAACGCAUGAAGUUUUGGACUGAUAUUUACAACAGCAAUCCACUGUUCACACAGUAG